AACACCACGCUAGAGAUGCGGACCGGUGAAAAGAAAAGGAAAAAAAUUGUGACAUGUGGGCAGAGAAGAGAUUCCUCCCGGCCCAAGUUGGCGGUUAAACACGAGCACAGACUCACCGCAGACCGCACGGCGCGCUCAGCACACUCGACAACAUCCUCUGCAGCCGCGGCAAACAGAGCCACACAGGCACACACUCGCCACCAGAUGGCCGCCGUCGCGGAUGAGCCGUGCCGCUGCCACAUUGUGGCGGUGCCGUUCCCCGGCCGGGGCCACGUCAACUCCAUGAUGAACCUGUCCCACCUCCUCGCCGCGCGCGGCGCCGCGGUCACCUUCGUCGUCACCGAGGAGUGGCUCGGCCUGCUCCGCACCUCCGCCCCGCCGCCGCCCGGCGUCCGCCUGCGCGCUAUCCCCAACGUCAUCCCCUCCGAGCACGGCCGGGCGUCCGACCACGCGGGCUUCCUCGACGCCGUCGCCGCCGAGAUGGAGGCGCCCUUCGAGCGCCUUCUCGACCGUCUCCGGGAAGAGGAGGGGGAGGUCGCGGCGCUCCUGGCCGACAGCUACGUGUCCUGGGUCGUGGGCGUCGGCGACCGGAGGGGCGUCCCGGUCUGCUCGCUCUUCCCCAUGCCCGCCUCCUUCUUCGCCGCCUACUACCACUUCGACUCCCUCCCGCCGUGCCUCGUCGGGGAGCACGCCGCGGCCGCCGGUGCUACCGCAGAUAAAUCUGAUCAGAGAGUUGAGCACUAUAUUUCAGGCUUUGCUUCAAGUUCAGUAACCUUAUCUGAUCUGGAGCCCUUAAUUCACAACAAGAGAACAGUAAACCAUGUACUAGCAGCUGUCUCUAGCAUUAAGAGCGCGCAAUGCCUCCUAUUCACCACUAUGUACGAGCUCGAAGCCGGUGUCAUCAACUCCCUAAGAUCAGCACUCCCAUGUCCUGUUCUCCCAGUUGGGCCCUGUAUUCCCCACAUGGCCCUGGAAGACCAGCAUUCCAAGUGCAAUGGAGAAGUUACCACCAGUCCAGGAGACUGCUUCACCUGGUUGGACUCUCAGCCUGCGAACUCAGUGCUAUACGUCUCCCUCGGCAGCUUCCUCUCUGUGUCAGCCUCCCAGCUUGAUGAGAUUGCAUUGGGCCUGGCAUUAAGCGGUUUCAGGUUCUUAUGGAUUCUCCGUGAAAAGGCUUCCCGGGUGCGAGAACUUGUCGGCGACACCGACAGGGGCAUGAUAGUGGCGUGGUGUGAUCAGUUGAAGGUUCUGUGCCAUCCUUCUGUUGGAGGCUUCCUGACACAUUGUGGAAUGAACUCGACGCUUGAAGCUGUCUUUGCUGGUGUGCCUAUGCUUGCUCUACCACUGUUCUUUGAUCAACCCAUUAAUGGUCGUCUAAUUGUUCAAGACUGGAAGGUUGGACUGGCCCUGCGGAAAUGGGCCGAUAAGGAUGGCCUGAUUGGGAGUCAGGACAUUGCAAGGGCAGUUAAGAGGCUCAUGGCCUGCGAUGAAGCCGAUACCAAGGCAAUAAGGAGGCGUGCCCUUCAGUGGAAAGAGGUCUGUGGCAGAGCUAUCGAAAAGGGUGGAUCUUCAUAUGAUAAUCUCAGUUCAUUGAUGGAGAUGGUAUGCACGUCACGAUUUACUGAACACGAUCAGCAACGUUCCAAAACCGAUGCUUGAAAUGCAUCAUCUGUUCAACCAUUUGGUUUACCAUCAAUUCAAAUGAGUGUAGUUUUGAUGAGCAGUGUGUCCUAGGGCUCUUAGUAAGGUUUCUGGCAGAGCUGUCAAAAUGGAAAAUCUCAAUUCAUUGAUUGUAAUCACGAUGUCCUGAACUCAAUCAGCCAUUUGGUUCCAUUGCUCUUGUAUCUUCAUCAAAAGACAUUUGGUUUCGUUGCACCUUUAGCUUGUGGUAAGGGAUUAUUGCAGCAUAGUGGAAUUGUGUGAGUAAUUUUGAUGAGAAGAAAA